CGGUUGUGUACUCCAUUUACUAAAGAGUAGUUUCCUUUACUUGACUUCACGUUUCGUUUGUACAUAAAAAAGAAAUGCCAUCUGAUGCGGGGGCUGCAGAAAUCGUCAGGUCAAAUCAGAAGGACAAUUUUUACCUCCAGUAUUUGAAGAAUACACUUGCAGACGUUGUGCAGUCUGUUUGGGGUGCCAGACGAUGGCUUAGGUGGAAAGUAGAACUGGACUUUCUGGCCAGUGUGGGCUACCUGGCACUGACCACGCUGGCAGAUUACCAGACGCUUGGUGAAGAAUAUGUCAGCAUCUUGCAAGUUGACCAGUCCAAACGGUCAAUUCCGUCCAAAUUGAGACGAGGGCUAAUGAUCCUCCUUCAGGUGUGCACCCCAUACCUCCUGCAGAAACUCUUCACGUUCCUUGAGAUGAAACUCCAUUCCAACACAUGGGAACUAAGCCAGAGAUUCAGGGUGCUGUUGCUUAAGGUUGUGAAGACAUGCAGAGCUGUCAUCCCAUACAUUCACAGAAGUCAUCUGGCUUUAUUUUAUCUCCAGGGUGUCUAUUAUAAUGUAUCCAAGAGAGUAACAGGAAUUAGAUAUCUGCGUGUCAGUAGUUCCCCCUCAGAUCCUGGGUCUCCCAGGGCCAGUUAUAGCAUUCUUGGCUGGCUGAGCCUUAUACAGUUGACAUACUCUGUGGGUAAACAUGGAUGGGAUGCAGUGUCCAUGGCAACAUCAACAACAACAGAUGGCAAAAGAGAUGAGGAAGAGGAGAAAGAACAAGUGACGGCAAGUUCUCACAGUGAGUCUUAUGUGAGUCCAGGGUCUCGCUGCUCUUUGUGCUUAGAGUCCAGAAAGCAUUCUACAGCAACACCUUGUGGUCACUUAUUUUGCUGGGACUGUAUUCUAGAAUGGUGUGAGUCCAAGCUGGAGUGCCCCCUAUGCAGAGAGAAGUUAGAACCAUCAAGACUUGUCUGCCUGCAAAAUUUUGAUCCAACUUGAAAGAAAUAAAGAAAGACGGUGUUCUUCCACAUGUAAUCAAUGACAAAAUACUAACAUGAAGUAAUGGAAAAUAUAAUUUUCAAUCUUCAUGAGAAACUAAAUCUGGAUGAAAUGUUUUAUUAUAAAAAUUAGAGUAACAAUAUUGAUGUUAUUUAUUAUAUUAGAGAAUAAGAUCAGAUUAUGAUUUUGUAUCCGGGCACUGUACCAGUAAUUAAUAAUUCACGACAUUGAAAUAAUAAAUAUAAUGGUUAUUUUAUCCUGUUUGACAAAUUCCAAUUUCUGUUAAUAUUAAAUAUUAAUGUUUAUUUUCAAUUCCCAAUAUGCCUUCUAUAAAUAUAAAACUGAAGGAAUAUAAUACAUAUAACUCUAAGAUGUCCAUUAAGUAUUUAGUGUAAAUGAAUUUUCUGAUAAUAAUUCUUGUUUUAUGAGCAGAGAGAGAGAGAAAAACAACUGGAAUGCUAGAAUGACAUUACUUGAAUAACAUGUAAAAAUCAUCAUCAUCAUCAUCAUAAUAAUCUACCUAAUGUAUAACUGUUUAAAAUAAACCAUAACCUGCUGUAAACAGAAAAAGGUUUUCGAUCAAGUAAUACUUGUUAAACAGGUGUUACCUAAAUACUGACAUGCAAUGUGUCUGGAAAGGUGCAAGCUAUAGUCAAAUAUGAUAGCUUGGUUUAAAUAUCAACUGUGAACAUUUAUUGUGGGACAAAACGUAGGGCAACAAAUUAUAGUUAUUUAACACUUCCAUGGAAAAUGAGUAGGGGUUACUCUCCCUAGCUACCACUACAUUUGUUAGCCAAAUAAAAAUUUAGAAAAAUGAAAAGACACAUGAUUAAAAUAUUCUAAUACUUUGAACCUCACCUUUACUUACUA